AGCCACGUGGGAGGCCAGCAGAGCCGUACUGGGCACGCGCAGCAUGGCCACCGGCUCGCCAAAUACGCUUUUUUACUGGCCCCGGUGUGUUUGUGCCGGUGACCAUGUCUACUUUGCGCAGGCUGCGGGAGGCGCCGCGACACUUGCUGGUGUGCGAGAAAUCCAACUUCGGCCACGACAAGUCCCGGCACCGGCAGCACGUGCAGACGCACUACCUCAACUACAGGGUAUCAUUUCUGAUUCCUGAAUGUGGGAUACUAUCAAAAGAACUGAAAAAUAUUGUCAUGGAGGUUGGACCCUACUACUUGGUGAAGAAUUUACCUCUUCAUGAAUUAAUUGUACAUGAUUUCAUCAAUAACUUUGUGAAAAAAGGUUCCUGUUAUGCCCUAACAUACAAUACAAAUAUUGAUCAAGACAAUACUGUUGCCCUGUUACCCAAUGGAAAACUAAUUUUGUCCCUGGAUAAGGACACUUAUGAAGAAAUUGGACUUCAGGGUCAUCCAUCUCGAUACUCUGGCAGAAAAGUCAUGAGAUACAUUGUUACCCUUGAUUUGAUGGAUUCCUCUUUCAAUCCUGAGUCCAAGAAGUAUAAAAGAGCAUUUUGGGCCUUCAGUGAAAAGAAACCACUGAAAUUCAAUUUCCUUCUGGCUUGGCAUCAUGAAGGUACAGAACAGUCAACAGUGAUGUCAUACUUUUCCAAAUACCAAAUUCAAGAGCAUCAGCCAAAAAUAGCAUUUAGCACAUUGAGAGAUCUUCAGUGUCCAUUGCUGCAGAGUGGAGAACUUGAGGGAAAGCCUGAAGAAUCCUGCAGUGCACCAGAACUGUUUGACUGGCUUGGUGCUGUCUUCAGUAAUGUAGAAUUAAAUAAUCAGUCAUUCAGUUUUGUAUCAACCUAUUGCUGUCCUCAACCAAGUGUAUUGGUAGAAAAAGCUUAUUUGUGCACAAUCACUGGCUUCAUAGUAUCUGAGAAGAUAAGCCUGUUACUGGAACAACUGUGUCACUAUUUUGAUGACCCAAAGUUAACUCCUUGGGUCACCUUGUCUGUUCAGGGCUUUGCAGACAGCCCUGUAUCUUGGAGAGAAAAUGAACAUGGAUUUCGAAAAGGAGGAGAACACUUGUACAACUUUGUGAUUUUCAGCAAUCAGGACUACUGGCUUCAGAUGGCUGUGGGAGCCAAUGAUGACUGUCCACCAUGAGAAUAAAGAUACUUGUGAUUUUUUUUCUCUGGUACAUUUUGGAAGCCUUCAUUCCAAGGAAGUUGCAUAUUUAGGAUGUUUAUAUAACAUGAUUUGUUUUUAUACCAAGACUGAUGUUUUGUUUUGAGGUGUUGUUUGCUGUGGUGACCAGAAUUUUUCCCCCAACAACCUUUUUAAGCUAAUUUCAGAGUUUUGGGAUAACCUGAUGAAAUGACUGCCAAUUAUUUUGUGUUUUUGUAAAACAUCUAAUGCUAGUGUUGCUUCUCUGCAGCUGCAGCGAGCCAAGACUGCGAGCUGCUAGGCCAAGGGCUGUGUAGGACAAUGAACUAGCAAAGCCCUGCAGCUUGUAGAGAACCAGCUCUCUGGUUUGUUUGUGUGAACUGAGAAAAAGAAAAGAUGAGCUAAACCCCAGGCCCUCAUGUCUCAGGCAAGUCAGCCAGAUUCAGCACCUGGUGAUUUAACUGGAGGAAACAGCCCCAAGCACCAGUGAGAAGAUCUACUUUUAAACACACUGUAUGGUUGUGAUUGGUGAUCCAGUGAUCAAGGUGAACUCCCUUUUGAUUGGUUAAAAAUGACCACUUGGGUAUGAGUUGAUAUUUAUUAAAGCCAGAGAUAAAGUUUUUUCUGCAGCUUCCAAGGUAUGCAGUACUGAUUACAG